AGAGUUGCAUAAGCAGGAUGGAAGGGAAGUGGCGCGGCGACUAUAAAACGAUCCAAGUGGAGCAGGUCAAACGAUGUUGACGGACCGACGGCAGUAACAGUCUGUCAGAGAUGUUGUUAUGGCUCGCGGCUCUGCUGGCGGGAAUCUUUUCCUCGCAUCUCGCGCAGCGCCUGUGUUUCCCGUACUUCUGGAGAGACGCGCGUUACUUAAUGAAACUCGUCCGUUACGGAGCCCGUCUGGAGUUGUACAAACAAACUGCCAAAGUGGUGACAGUCGUGGACAGGUUUGUCGAAAGAGCCCGGCGGACUCCUCACAAGCCCUUCGUCAUUAAUGAUGGGGUGACGCACACGUACGGCGAGAUCGACGCGCGCAGUAACCGAGUCGCGCGUGUGUUUGACCGCUCGGUGAAGAAGGGAGACACGGUCGCGCUCCUCAUGAGCAACGAGGCCGACUUCAUCUCCGUCUGGUUCGGCUUCGCGAAACUGGGCUGCGCGGUGGCGUUUCUCAACACCAACAUCAGAUCCAGAUCACUGCUGCACUGCUUCAACUGCUGCGGGGCCAGACUGCUGGUGGUCGGCAAAGAUGUGGUGGACACUUUGGAGGACAUUCUCCCCAGUCUUCAGGAGGAUAAUAUCACGGUGUGGUGUAUGAAACCGCAGAGCUCUCUUCCCGGCGUUCACUGUCUGCCGGAGAAGCUUCAGCAAGUUUCUGAUGAACCACUUUCACCUGAUCUCAGAUCUGUCAGCUGUCUGAAGACCCCCACACUUUACAUCUUCACCUCGGGCACUACUGGAUUACCCAAGGCUGCGGUCAUCACACAUUUACAGUCGCUGAAGGCCGCGGGGGGAUUCCGGGCAUACGGUGGCACAGAAGAUGACAUCAUCUACACACCACUUCCUCUGUAUCACAGCGCUGCUUCACUGUUGGGCAUCGGAGGAACCAUUGAGCUUGGUGCGACAUGUGUGCUGAAGAAGAAGUUCUCUGCGUCUCAGUUCUGGAGUGACUGUAGGAAACACAACGUGACUAUAAUUCAGUAUAUAGGAGAGCUGUGCAGAUAUCUGUGCAAUCAGCCUGUGGUGGAGAACGAGAAGGAUCACAGGGUUCGGAUGGGGGUCGGGAACGGUCUCCGGCAGGACGUGUGGAGAGAGUUUCACCGGCGCUUUGGAGAAAUCCCCAUGUGUGAGAUCUACGGCUCAACUGAAGGAAACCUGUGCUUCAUGAAUCACAUCGGCAAGAUCGGAGCCGUCGGCCGCUCCAAUUUCUUUUACAAGAUGCUUUUUAAGUACGUUUUGGUGAAGUAUGACAUGAUCCGAGACGAGCCGGUACAAGAUCAGAAGGGAUUCUGUCUUCAUGUUGCUAAAGGUGAGACGGGGCUGCUGUUGUCCAAGAUCUGCUCUCAGAGUCCCUUCUUCGGUUACGCCGGCAGUAAACAGCUGACGGAGAAGAAGAUCCUGCGAGACGUGUUUGUGAAAGGAGAUGCUUACUUCAACACCGGAGAUCUGAUGGCUGAGGAUGAAGACAACUUCAUCUGCUUUAAAGAUCGAGUGGGAGACACGUUCAGGUGGAAGGGUGAAAAUGUGGCGACCACAGAGGUCUCAGAGACUCUUGGACAGCUGGAUUUCAUUCAGGAGGUGAAUGUGUAUGGAGUUCAUGUGCCAGGUCAGGAGGGUCGAGCUGGAAUGGCUGCAGUGGUUCUGAGACCCGAAUUCACAUUUGACGGGAGGAAACUGUUUGAUUUGGUCAUGAGCGAGCUGCCGUCGUACGCCCGACCUCUCUUCAUAAGACUGCAGGAGUCUAUGGAGAUGACCAGCACAUUUAAACAGCAGAAGUUUUCUCUGGUGCAGAGCGGCUUUAACCCCUCAGACAUCAGUGAUCCGCUGUAUGUCCUGGACUCCACAGAACGCUGCUUUAUUCCUCUCAGCUCAUGUGUGUAUGACACUAUAUUAACAGGUGAGAGGAAACUCUAGUGGAGGCGUCUCCUUGACUGAAUCAUAGAAGUGUAUGUUCAUCUUCCAGAUGUAAAGCGGGUCCUGUUUGUAUCACAGUGGUUUAUGUUCACCACAGACACCAUAGAGGUGUUGAUUCAUUCAUUAGCUUUGAUACUGUAUCUCAUUCAUCAGUCCACAUCUGCUAAUGGCUAAUAAAGAACCAACAGCUUGAGUUAUUAACAUCAGGAGCUUCAUGAGUAUGAAGAAAAGCACUUUCCUGAUUCCAAAAGGAACUUGGUUUUGAUUUGUGACCGCUGGAUGGAACAUUAUGAAUGUCUUCAGCUCAUUUUACUAUUUGAUUAUAAAAUCAAACAAAUUCACACGGACAUAACACACGAUCACAUCACUGAAUACUGCAGACCAGGACAUUAAUUAUAAAUGAUGAUUCAAUCCAAAUCUAUCAUACAUUUUCAGAUUCGCCUCAUUUAAAUAGAUCAACACCAAUGUGUGUCAAAUAAAACACCUGAAUAACACUCAGAAGUGUUUAGUGUAGAAGCUCAGACAUCAUCUUCCCUGGUGUUAGAUAAAGCAAACAUCACUCUAUUAGACAACAUGAUUGGUUUCAUUUCAUUUCCUCUUAGCAGAUUUGGACUCUUAUGCAUAGAAGAAAAAACUAAAACCUUUUCGAGAAGCAGACAAUAACAACUAGAUUUCUGUACACGUAUCACAUCAGUUCCAGACUGUGUGUGUGUUUGAAUGUGAAUGAUUGAAAUGAAUGUCUGACAUUUUGAUCUCACACACACACAGAAUAUUUCAAAGUCAGAUGUUGUGCGUGAGACUAUGUUUUUCUACGGUACGUGACUGACAACUCAUGUUUCAUCACAUCAAGUGAAGACUUGCUUAUUUGACCUCUGUCUGUACAUAGUGUUGUUUGAUAAAUAAAUAUAUUUCAUUUAAUUAAUAAGCACUUGAAACAUUUAAGGUUCGCUGUGAAUUGUGUUUUAAAAAUGCAAUGCAAUAACUUCACUAAUUGAAGUGAAUCAUAUAUGCAAUGAUGUAAGAGCACCUGUUGUGAACAAAUGUGAAACUGUCGUCAUCAUUAUGGCAUCAUGUUUGUUUCUGUACUGUACAUGUGACAUUGAUCAUGAUGUAAUCUUUGACCUCGGCUGCUUUAUAUAGUUUCAAUGCACAAUAAAAUGUAUUGGAAAUGCA